UAUUAAUCUAUAUUUCCUUGUAUUCUAUAAAAAAGAAAAAAUUAUAUGGAGUUUUGAGCCUAUUUUCAAUAAAUUAAAAAAAAAAUUAUCAUAUUUGAUUUAACAUUUAAAUUUGGUUUACACUAUUGUGAAUUGUUCAUAAGCAAUUACAUUUAGGGGUGGUUGAUUGCGCUCAGCUGUUUUAUGACACUUUUGUUACUAUCGUUUUCCAAAACAAAUGCUAGUCUUAACAUGCAAAAAAGUGUAGCAAAAUUUAAUUAACUCAUGAAAGGACAUGAAAUUAAAACGUUACAUUAAUCAUUUGUGGUUGCGACAUCGCAACACAGAUGAAAAUUGGUAUACGUAUUUAUUUUUUGCGGUGCUUCGAGUUGUUCUCGUAUUUAUUCCCCAAAAGGGCUAUGUUCAUCCUGAUGAGUUUUUCCAAUCCGUGGAAGUGAUGACUGGUGAUCAUUUCCAAUUAGAACACGCACGCACUUGGGAAUUUAACAAUACUAUGCCGGUACGUAGUAUAACAUUGCAAUUUGCGCUUUUACGUAUUCCAUGGAGUUUUCUUGAAUUCGUCGCCUUGUACAUGCGUCGCUAUUGGGAUAUAGAGUUAUUACAAAGUUACACUUACUUAGUCUUUCCCCGAUUAAUAAUGUGUGCGUUAUCUUUUAUCAACGAUUGGAGUAUGUUCCGCAUAUGUCGUUUAUUCAGCUUAAACUAUGAAAUACGUCUGCUGACGCUUGGCAGUUCCUGGGUUAUGUUAAUUUUUGGCACACGUACGUUUUCCAACACUAUAGAAUUGGCUUUAUGUUCACUACUGCUCGCACUUGUGGCCGAAUGCAUGAUAAAAACAAAUACUAUUAUUUACAAGAAAGAAAUGCUUGAAGAACGUUAUGACAAGGCGAAAUCUAUAAGCGAACGCGUAAGAAUGUGGCGACUGUGUAAAUCACUACCAGCACAUAACUACUCCCACACGCUACUUGUGGCCAACAUUUGUGUUGCUGGUGUCUUCAAUAGACCUACAUUUAUAGUUUAUGGUGCACCAAUGGUAUUUUAUUGGAUGCUUCGUGGCAUGGGUACAAAAACGAUAACUUUUCGCGAUUUUAAUUUUCGCAUGCUUCUGUUUUGCUUAAGUGCUCUGCCGGCGCUUGUAUUAUUUAUAAUUUGUGAUUCAUUUUAUUACAAAUACUUAACGGUUGGUGAGCUGCAAAUGUUGCAAUUGAGCAUUAACAACUUCGUCAGUACACCUUGGAACUUUAUUAAAUACAAUUUAGAUGCGAAAAAGACCGCCGAGCAUGGCAUACAUCCGAAAUAUGUACACUUUAUAGUUAAUAUACCAUUGCUGUACAAUGUGCUCGGUAUAGUGACUAUUGUAUCGUUUGCGUAUCUUUUGAUUCGUUUUCUGCGCGCUGAAUACCAAGGUUUGCCGCGUGCGCAAAGCAUUAUUAGCUUGAUGACUAGCGCAAUAUUUGUGCCACUCUUCUUUUUAUCACUCAUCAAUCAUCAGGAGCCACGAUUUCUUUUGCCACUACUAUUUCCUAUAGUCCUCUUACACGCACCCAAACUUUAUCAUGGUCUAUGUCCAACCUACCCUUUCAAAGAGGAACAUCCGUUAUUGCGCAAAAUUUACAAUAUGCUGCUUUGCACACAAGCAUCUGCGCGGCCAUUAAUGAAAACCUGGUACAUGUGCAACAUUGCGCUUGCCAUCUUCUUUGGUUUCAUCCAUCAAGCCGGCAUAUUUCCACUCACUCAACAUUUUGAGGCGGUGAUGCAAACUAAAUCUCCCGCACAGCAUAUACAUCUCAUUACGUCGCACAUCUACAGCGUACCAUUGACUUUUAUGAAUAUACCUAGCGCACAAGUGUUGCAUUUAAAUCGCGAAACUGGACGACAUUAUCGAAGGCAUAAGGAUUUUUACAUUUAUGAAUAUGGUAGUCUUGACAUGCCACAGCUGUUGGGCAAAAUUAAGCUUAUACUGUCAUAUUGUGAAAAUAAAUACGUAACAAAACAACAGCAGUACAGCCUCUAUUUAGCUUUGCCCGCCGCCUUAAGUGACAGCAUGCUCGCAGAAUUUCAAGCGAUUGACGCUAGCGCAAAUAUUCGCACACAACUAAUACGCAUUUUCUAUCCACAUUUGUCGACAGAGGCGCUGCCACGCUUUCAUAUAAAACAACAUGCCGCUGCACACUCCAAGUUAAGUUAUACUUAUGUGAGUGAACAGUUGUUAUCCUUCGUAAGUGAAUUCGGAUUAGCGCUCUACGAGCUAAAACCUGUACGCAAAAGUCAGCCGGAGAAGUUGCAUACCGUUAAGAUGUCCAAACGGAAAAUAUAAGUGCUUUGUACAAAAACUGCGUUGAAAUCAUUAAUUUAACUAAAUAAAUAUAUGCUUACUGAAAGUCACUCAUUCUAGUCAUAUGUGCAGGCGUAUGAAUGUAUUGCUUAAAUUUAACAUUCCACUGUAUUAUUUGUAAAGUAUUUUUUUAACUAAAUAAAAAUUUAUAUAUUAAAACAAAAAA